UGAAGAUAGGCAUAUGUGAGAACUAAGAAGCAGUUACAAGAAAAACGAAGUACGCAUAAAAUAUGGAACCACUGAAAUCAUCUCUUUCAGUCAGCUGUGUUUCUUUUAUAAUCAUCCACGAUGUUUGGUUACAUUGAAAUUUUUCCUGGGGAAAAGGACUUGGAGCUCACCCUUCCAAAAAAAGAUCAUCCUAACUGCCCAUCAUGGCUACAGCAGAGGUGCUUCCUGAAAAAGCAAAAUGUCCUACUUUAGAGAUCACAAGGCAGGAUUUUCUUCAAGAAGCAAAAAGUCUUAUUGCUCAACAUUAUGAGAAAAUAAAUGAGAAUAAAGUUCAAGUUCAUUCUAUAAAUGUUUUUAGGAAUAAACACCAAAAACCCAAAUCUAUCAAAUACGUACCUUUGGAGAUUAAGAAAAAGGAAACAGCUGAUGCUGAUGUGAUCCAAGAACACCGGGCAGCACUCCGGCGUAUUGCCAAGGAGUGCUCCAAAAUUCGACCUUCUGAGGAGCCUUCACGAGGACAAAUUUCUUCCAAGGAACCACACUGUUUUAAUAUAAAAGAAAAAGUCUGCUCUGCAGAUCUUAUUACCAGAGAACAAGUAAAGCUGGGUAAAAUAAUGACAGAUAUUGAAUCUGUGAGUAAAAAAAUGGAAAAAGAAAAGCAACAGCAUGCUGGGAAGUCCAGAAUGCUGGAAUCAUUAUAUACCCUUCCUGCCCAUUGUGAAUUGACUUUCCUUCCCAUCACCUCUUCUAUGGGACUUCAGAAAGAACCUGAUAAACCAUUUUAUGAUUGGAGAGGAAGUGUGUCAACAAAGGCUUUUCAUUCACCUCCUGUCUCCAGUUGGAGUUUCUCUGGAUCAUCGGGAAUGUUUCAAGACUACUCUAUGAAAACCUUAAAGAAAAAAGAGCAACAAAAAAUCAAACCAGAAUCCAAGCCAGAAACCAGGAGAAAAGAUAGUCUAACUAAUGGCGAUAAAUUGGGCAGUAAAGUUAAAAGAAUUGGACCACACAUAGAAAUCUUCCAAGUGUUCCAAGAAAGAAACAGAUUUAUAAUUACCAAAAAAGUAGUUAGGCUGAUUACUAUCAUGCAAGCACGUGUCAGAGGGUGGCUUGAACGCAAGAGACUUCAAAGAAUAACGGCCAAGGCUUUGUAUCAUGGCCCGAAUUUGAAAGCAGUCAUAGACAUGUAUCGGGGAUUAAUCCACCAUGUUAAAUAUCAACUUGGCCUUUGGAGGACCAGACAAAUUAUCAACCUUGCAGAGCUAGAGGAAUGGAUGGACAGAAAAAAGUUUUAUGAAACAAUGUUUGCCAAGAGAGAACAUUGGCAAGGAUUAGAGAGAAGCGAGCUCCUUAAGUAUUUCAAUGACUGUGGUCACUUCCCAACCCAGAAACAAAUAGACGAUUACUGGGACAUGGCCUGUAGAGAGAGACAAAAAUAUUACGAGGUGAUCAAAAAGUCUCAGGCGAUUGAAAUGAUAUUUACUCUCUAUCCACCUCGAGGUGCGAAUGUGGCUAAUAACACGCGUAUCAAGUCAACGUGGCUGAGGCCUAUCGUCAAUGGAGAAGAAGGAUACAAAUAUAUCGAAAGAAGGCAUUUUGUACACAGUCUCCAAAGAAAAGCACAGAUUUGCUGGAGUCAUUUGUCUGUCAUCACAUAUUAAUAUGUAGCAGAAACAGGAUUCAAUCCCAGAUCCAGCCGAGUCCAAGCUCUUAAAAAAUCAGGAAGCUAGAAAAGCAGAAGUGGGCCAGAACAAAACUCAGCAGAGAU